GCUGGUUGGAUAGCACAGUGUGUGAUUGUUUGACAGCCGUGUCAGUUGGAGCAUGUAGCCAUGUGCUUUUGUUAUGCGCAGACAAGUCUAUACUUGCGUUGACAUUGCGCAGGACGUGAGAUACCUCAAUAUAGUUAUUACAGAGAGCGCUCGGCUGUAUGUUCACCGUGUAUUUGGCGGGUGUCGGGUGAAUAUCAACAUACGACGAUACGUUAAGUGAUUGUUAGGUACCCGGCAUAGACGUGGAAUAGUGGAUUUAGUAUCCGGUGAAGUUUUCACCUGUACAUAGAUUACAGGUAUGCGUACAGGUUGUAUGUGGUGAACACUACAAGGGGUUAAAGCUAAGUUCACAUUAAGAAUACCCACAGAAGUCAGUGCGAACACAUGUAAGGGUCGAGUCCCACGCCCGGUGACAGUUCUCAGCGAACUCCCGGACGAUAUUUCACAACAAAAUGUUGUAUUAUAUCUCUAGAUAUAAGCGGACAGAGUGUAGUAGUGACAAAUAGCAAACACAAUGUACUGGAUUUACUGGAAGUACCUGUUACUUAUCUGUGUGUGGAGCCUAGCCCCUGGCCACGCAUUGGAAAUCACACGCCACCCAGUCAAUAUCACUGUUGAGGAGCGCCAUCGUGCCACACUGCACUGCGACGCACAGGGGUUUGGCGAAAUCAAGACAGUGUGGCAUCAUAACGGCAGGCGCAUGCGCCCUCAUCCCAGGAACAACAGCAACAACAUCAACAUCAACUACAAGAUCAAGAAAAAUGGCCGCCUGAUAUAUAUUGACACCCACGUUGAGGACAGCGGGUCUUACUACUGUAAUGUCACUGAUGAAACCGGGCAACACAUGAUAUCCCGGAAAGCCUACCUAAAAGUGGAUGUUCCUGCACGAUUCCUAGAAAAGGGUCCCCAUGACCGGCAUGUCAAGUAUGGAGUGGCUGUGGAGCUGACAUGUAGUGUGACUGGUGUACCUAAACCAACUAUCAAGUGGUUCAAAAAUGGCAUCUGGUUACACAAGCCAUACCCAAUGGGAAUGGAAAUCACUUACAAGGCACGGGCCUCAGUAGAGUUGUCCGGCACGGAAACUGAAUCAUCUCGGCUCUGGAUUGGAAAUGUCACCGAGGAAGCAGUAUACAAUUGUACUGCAGUGAACACACCAAAGGGAAGACCAUUCCCAAUCCACCGGGAAGCAAGAGUUGUGCCUAUUCCUGUAAAUACUAUAGAAGUCAAUGCCGGAACAGCCAGGCCACCGGAAGGACAAACCCCACAGUGUCUACCAUACAAUGGUAGUGUGUGUGCCUCUGUCCUGGGGUCAAGACCAGUGUAUGUCAGGCAGUCCAUCAAUGAUCCAGAGAGUCGGGUCCGUGAGCUUCUCCACGACCUGACAACGUCCCAGGCCCCAUCCACGGAGAACCGCUGUCACGAGGCUGCACAGAAAAUUCUAUGUCAGUUCCACUUCCCAGAGUGCACUGAAACAGAGGAACCAGAAAACGAGCCAUCACCCAAAAAGCUGUGCAGGGAGAGCUGUUUGGGUGUAAAGGAACUGCUGUGUUUUGACCAAUGGUUGCUGGUCAUCAACAAAGAAAAUCUCCAGUACUCAUUGCCCAUCUGUGGAGAACUUCCCAGCAAAUAUGGUGUCAACGUUUCCUGUGUGGACUCCCAACUUUUUAUCAGGAAAGACGAUGAGGUCACCAGUUCAUGCUAUAAAGGCAGAGGACAGUGGUACAACGGUACACUCAAUGUGACCAAGUCCGGUAAGGCGUGUCAGGCCUGGGGGGUCAACUUCCCCCACACCCACCAGCGACCCCCAGCUGUCUUUCCCACCCUACAGAAUUCUGAGAACUACUGUCGGAACCCUGGGGCAGAGGAGAGCUCCCCCUGGUGUUAUACAAUGGAGAAACAUUCACGUUGGGAACUAUGUGAUAUUCCAAAAUGUGUAAACCCCACACCGCAGGAUGAAAAGGAACCAGAGGAACAGCCUCGUUUCACGUUGGUGGCCAUAUUGAUAGUUACCAUAGUAACAUCUGUGGGUGUGUUUGUGAUUGGUCUCAUCAUUGUGCUGUGUUACCAAAUUGUUAGUCAGCGAAAGCAACAGGUCAAAUAUAACAGCACUCCUACCGACGACCUUGACCUUGACAUUGACAAACUGACACCUAACAUUUCCUACCAUAGGGUGUCUGAAACACUCAAAUUAAGCCCAAAGCUUGAGGGUUUAGAAUAUCCCAGGAAUGAUAUUGUGUACAUAAAAGACAUCGGACAGGGUGCUUUUGGACGUGUGUUUAAGGCGAAAGCACCAAAUCUGUCAAAGGAUGGUGAUGACUCAAUCAUUGCAGUAAAGAUGCUGAAGGAUGAUGCUUCAGAUGAUCUGCUGCAAGACUUUAGCAGAGAGGCCUCCUUAAUGGCCGAGUUUAAGCACCCAAAUAUUGUCAAACUGUUGGGAGUAUGUGCAAUUGGAAAGCCCAUGUGUUUGUUAUUUGAAUACAUGAAAAAAUGGGAUUUGAAUGAAUAUUUAAGACGUUCCAGUCCGGAGCACUAUAUUGUGAUGCGUCCUGCAUUAAAUGUGUAUGAGGAAUUACCACUCCUGGACAAUGUUGACCAGUUGUAUAUUGGGAUGCAGAUAGCUGCUGGUAUGGUUUAUCUCUCAGAGAGAGGAUACGUGCACCGUGACUUAGCAACAAGGAACUGUCUGGUUGGGGAUAAUCUGACCGUAAAAAUUGCAGACUUUGGUCUGGCACGUAGUGUGCAUACAAUUGACUACUAUAAAGGUAGCGAACAUGACGCCAUCCCUAUUAGGUGGAUGCCAUUGGAGUCGAUUCUUCACAACAAAUUUACAGCAGAGUCGGAUGUCUGGUCAUUUGGUGUUCUCACGUGGGAGAUUUUCUCCUUCGCCCUUCAGCCAUACUAUGGCAUGACACAUGAAGAAGUAAUAAAGUUCAUAAAGGAUGGUAAGAUGUUGGCAUGUCCUGAGAACACACCAAAACAAGUGUAUGACUUGAUGCGGCUGUGCUGGAGUCGCAAACCAAUGCAUCGACCGCCUUUCCCAACAUUGUACAGCUCAAUCAAGGUCAUGCAUGACGAAUUGCAAAAGAAAAAAAUUCGUGAGAAAGUAUGACUGUUCCGACAAACACAAUAUUGCGAAGGAAUUUGCAACAAAACUGCUUUGUGAUUUACUAGAAAGAGAGACUUUGAGUGAUUAUGUGAUUUAUUUAAGUAUGAUCUGUAAACUAUGAACAGAACUGGAAGAGCGUGUGAUUUACUUGACUGAGGAAAUCAGUAGAGUAGCCGGGUGAUCAUACAUUUAUUGACUUCCGAUAGUUUAGCUCAGGUUUUAAUAACCCGACGGGACUGCCAGUACAUUCUUACCUAACUUAAAAAUCAUAUAAGUCAUGCUGAUCAUUUCUAUGUGUACCGAUAUUAUUUAGUGAUGCAUUGACAUACAAAGUUUGAAGGUCAAUGACAUACAAAGUUUGAAGGUCAAGGACAUACAAAAUUUAAAGGUCAAUGACAUACAAAGUUUGAAGGUCAAAGACAUACAAAGUUUGAAGGUCAAUGACAUACAAAGUUAAAAGGUCAAUGACAUACAAAGUUUGAAGGUCAAAUCUGUCCGAAAGUUGUAGAAGAUUUAGUGUCUGUAGGAAGGGGGGGGGGGAUUUAAAUGAUUUGUUUGAAACCUUCACAAGGUGUUAAAACGUUUGAAGCUUAAUGCUCAAAAUAUGUCUUAUCUUCAGACAUAUUUUGUUAUGAAGUUCAAAGACCUAUAAAAUAACUAAUCCUCACCAUGUAUACACGUAUUUACAAAGAAAGAAACAGGAAUUUCUCACAUUAACAUUAUAGUUGUGUAGAAAUAAGAUAGUGUGGAGUAUUUCAGUGUUUUAGGGGGUUUAUUAUACAAUAUCAAUUACAUGUAGGUCUUUAAACAAAAUGCCUUUGUCUCAAAUGACCUCUUUCAAAACGGAAAAAUUAUGAUACCAUGGAAUUUUGUGUAAGAUGGUGUUUACAGCCUUUUUCAUCCUUUUUCAUCAUUCAAACUAAACUGUUAUUGCUGUUUAUUUUUAAUAGUGUGUUCAAUUUGUUUUUGCUUAGCUGUUGAUCAAGGGUACUAGUGCUCUGUAGAGAAAUGUUGCUGGUGAUCCUGUAGAGCUGUGAUAUAUAAGUGUACACAAUGCAACACUGGAUCAAGUUACUGGAAAUACAGCCAGUACGUCUCACUAUGCAAGGUUUUACUUUAAUCUAUACAAGGACAUAUAUUAAGAUUUUUUAAAAAAUUUUCAAAGUGAUAACAUUUCAUUAAGUAGAGAACUUGUCUCCUUUUGAAAAUUGUAUCACUACAUUCAUGAAUAUCUCAUUUAUUGUUGCUUUACAUGUACAAUAUGUAUGCAACUUGUAUGUACUUCCUCCAGCCAAUCAGCUCGCUAGAUUUAUCACUCCUUCCAGCCAAUCAGCUAGCUAGAUUUAUCACUCCUUCCAGCCAAUCAGAUGUUGUUUGUCUCAGUAUGUCCUAUCGAUGUAGGUUUGACACCUUGUAGUAUACAGAUGUUACAACCACUCCACUUUUUAGUGUGACCACAUCUUUUUGUGUUUUCAGAAUAAAUUUACACAGUUAUUGUCCACAAAUCAUCUUUAUCAUAUUCAGGAAUUGAUGUUCUUUGCACCAGUGAAUAAUACGUACAGAGGGUAAAUAAGACGUACAGAGGGUUAAUAAUAUGUACAGAGGGUUGAUAAUAUGUACAGUGGGUUAAUAAUACAUACAGAGGGUUUGAACAAAUGAAAGUCUUCCUAUAUAAGACCAUGAUCAUGUUAAGAUGAAAUUAAAGUUGCAAGCAUUACUGUUGUGAUAGUCACUGUUCAUGAGAUCUUUAAGAUUUUUGUGACCGUUGGGUACUGUUAUUUUGUACACAGUAGAUUUCAGUCGUUCUGGAGAUAUAACGACUGGUUUGAAAGCUGUCUCUGAUAGCUUACUUACAGUUCAGUGUACAGACACACUCUUCUGCCAGAGGAAAUUUUUAUUGAAUGUCAUUUCUGAAAAUGAAAAUGUAAAUAUAGUAAAUAUUUUCUUUUAAUAUUUUUUUGGUCUUAUUUUCUGACAGCUGUGAUUUACAAAGCAUUUCAUCAAUCAUUAUUGUAAAGCCAUAUUAAUUGUGGGUUUUUUUCUGCUAAGUUGGUGUUAACUUGUCACCAUUUUCAAUAUUUUGAUGAUCAUGACUGUAUGUUGAUGUCAGAAUCAAUCUGUCAGUCCUGCGACCUUAGGUAACUUUAUGGAGGGAACAAAUCACUGCUGGAGGUCCUAGAGGAGUGAGGGAGUAGGGGUGACUUUAUGGAGGGAACAUAUCACUGCUGGAGGUCCUAUAGGAGUGGGGAAGUGAGGGAGUAGGGGUAACUUUUUGUAAGGUUACACAUAAACGUCACAGCAUAACAACAAAACCUCGCUUUGUUACUGGUCCUAACUUGACACAUGUUUGUAGACUGUACAUAAAUGACACAGUACAUCACAUCAUGACAUUUAUUUUGUUUUAGAUCAGUUCCUCCUCAGCUGAAAUGAAGUUUGUGGACAUUUGAUCCAAUUUUCUUCUGAAAAGUCAAUGGUUCUGUUGGAUGUGUCUGACUCCAUCUGUAAUACUUGAACCAGGUACUCUUACAUUCAGUAAACUCCCUGGGCUGGUGGUAAACUGGGGGAAAACCCUCCCAUAUCACCUUAUCAUCAGGUUCAGUUCAACCAAAAACUUUACUUUGAGUUUAAUGUUGAUCCAGUUUCACAAUAUCUAUGUCUACUGGGAUAUGGGAUAUGGGAUCUGUAGUGUUAUUUUAUAGAGCAGACACCUCUAUGGAAUCAGUAGUAUUAUUUUAUAGAGCCAACACCAAAUAUUUUUAGUUUGAACUUGGCAGAAACAAGCAGAAUUCUUGUAUAAAAUCCAAAAUAAAAUAUUUGUUUUGCCAGAACUUAACAUAUUAAGUAAAACAUUUACUUAAUGUUAUAAAUUGAUUAAUAUGAGUGAAUUUAUUUCACACAAUAGAUUGUGUAGCCCAUUUUGGCACUGUUCAGCCUCGACAUAGUUAAACAGCAGUGUUAGCAGUUCAGUAAGGGAGGUCUUUGCCAGAGGGGGACACACAAAUGGUUUAUACAGCAUGUACAUCAAAGAAAUACUAAUUACAUAAAAAUGCUGACUAAUGAUGUCUUGAAAGCAUGUAAAUUUGAUCAACACAAUUAACAUAAAUUGGCAGAUGAUAGUGAACAUCUGCGGGCUGUAUAAAAAGGGUGUUCCCUACAGAGCUAACCACUGGUGAGGUAAUUACCGUGCAAUAUCCAGGGGAGGGGAGGCUUAAUUGUAAUUAACAGAUAUUUGUCAAUAUAAUACUGGGAAAUGUUAACACAGCGAGGGGGCCGAGGAAUUACCACUUCUAACAUAUCACAAGGAUGUCCACAUUACAAGUCAGCUGUUCAGUACAUAAUUCAGAUCAACUUUUUCUCCAGACUUUCUCAGUGUCAGUAACAUAGCAUUUGGACUGUGGGCCAGAUUUGUAUUUCUCCAACCUCAGAGAAGCAUAUUUCACAUGAUAUCCAGUUCUAAAUAUUUUCUGUCUCGUUGGAUCUUUCUAGCACCUUUAUGUGACAUCUUUUUGAAAUAUUCACACAGCGAUGUAUUCAUAUGUGUGCUAAUGCAAGUAAUACACUUUUACAUUUUUGAAAUUAUGUUUUGUGGUUUUAUGUAUUUCUUUUGUUGUUUUACAGAUACCUAAUGUUGUAAAUAAAAUACAAUCUACACUGUGAAAUAUGUUUUCUUCCUUGUAAGGACGGACUACAUUGUUAACAUGGAUGCGUUCAAACGUAGCUUUAGAAGUGAAGAGGCCAUAUUAAUGUUAGGUCCCUGGUGGGAUACUUGUAGACUAGCGAAAUUCAGUAGUUUUUGGAACUGAAAGGUGUGAGAAUAAAAAUCAAUUAGCUGCAACUGAGUAAAAUCUGGUAACCUGAGUGUUGGGCCAAGAUUCUAUAAUGUACCAACCACCGGGGUUGGGAUGGUGUUACAGAAUCUGAGCCCUCAACUGAGAUCACUCAAUCUUUCUCAGUUACAGGCAAUAGAUUUUAUUUUUAUUCUGGUACCUUUUCUGCUUUUCCACCUAGCUAGCUGAUGUCUCUGAGGACCAUGUGGUAGAUAAGCCGUUAGCUAAACAUGUUUGUAUCCUCGGUAAAUAAAGUUUAUUAUUAUGUCUCAACACUGCUGUUCCCCAUUGCUAGGUUUGUUGACCUCCUAGUUAGCUGCUGGUGUCUGUUCUUCCUAGCCAGCUAGUCCCUACACCAGAGAAAGACCUGUUCGCUCAGGCUUCACAUGCUCUUCAAGCAGGGUUUACAUGGUUACCUAGGUCACUCUCUGGGUAACAGUGCCUUAAAAGUUAAAUCCAGGACAACAUAUUCCUUGUCCAGGGAUCUACCAAACUCAGGGCUCCAGAAAACAAGUCCUGUACUUAACAAAUUGAGGUAAAGGAAAUCCCCCCUGGCUGAGUCGCCAAUUAACGGUGUGUUAGAGUUACAACUAUGACUUACUGUCUAUCCUUGCUGUUCUUGCUAGCUAGUUGCCUCUAUGUCGACAGAAGAUGUUGUACUGUGACCUCCUGUCCUUGCUGUUCUUGCUAGCUAGUUGCCUCUAUGUCAACAGAAGAUGUUGUACUGUGACAUCCUCUCCUUGCUGUUCUUGCUAGCUAGUUGCCUCUCCGUCGACAGAAGAUGUUGUACUGUGACCUCCUGUCCUUGCUGUUCUUGCUAGCUAGUUGCCUCUCUGUCAACAGAAGAUGUUGUACUGUGACAUCCUGUCUUUGCUGUUCUUGCCAGCUAGUUGCCUCUCUGUCAACAGAAGAUGUUGUACUGUGACAUCCUGUCCUUGCUGUUCUUGCUAGCUAGUCCCCUCCCUUGUUGAUACUGUUGCUGUUCCUGCUUAUACACUUACUGUUUGUUUGAGUGGUUGUAUGUCCUCCUCUCGACCAAGUAGCUUGGUUAUCCAGGAAACAAAGAUAAGGCAGGAAAAUGAGUGAAAGGCUUAACUUUCUAACCAUCAUAACUCUAAGCUUGUCCUGUCUGUCCAUCAAUUCCACCCACACUAUCGCCAUGCUCAAACACUAAUCCUCAUUCCAAAUCCUCAUCAUUCCUCAAAUGUUGGAUUUCAUUCACAGCACAAAGAACAAAUAUGAAGAAAGUGUUGCACAUAAAAUAUUGGCACAUUUACAUGUGUGACAGAUAUAAAGUGCACAAAAUUGUAAAACGAUUUGUUAGGAAAAUGAGAUAUACAUUGUCAUAUUACCUGUGUUUAUUCAAGUGCAGAAUAGCAAUAACAUUAAGAAAACUCUAAAGGUGUGUAAAUUGCAUAUGUAGAGAUAUAAAUAUCAGGUGUAAUGAUUGCUUGUUUACAGUAAGCUUGUGUAGCCCUAACCCUAAGAAGAAUACCUAUUGCAUGUGUAGAAUUUAAGAAAUCUCCAAGAGUUGAACUUUUUGUAUCGAAUUAGCGCUAGCCACAUGUGUGGGUGGGGUCCUCAACUUUUAAACAGCUGAUUGGGACGUUAAUUUGGCUUUCCAUUUUCCACAAAUUACUGAUAUGUUUUUUGAGACCACAAUGUUUUUCAAUAACACUGACACUUGGUCUGCUGCUGGUUGGUAGGAACCUCAACCCAAGUGCCUGGGAAUGUUGGAGGGGAAAAUGGCAGGACGGAACGCUGAAAUAGGACUCGAUUCAUAGAUGGGGAUAUAGAUAUUAUCUAGGUUAUAUCACAUUAAGAUAUGUUCUUAAGCAUAAAAAAUUAAUCUGUUCAAGUCGGUAGAUCAGGCUUUUGAAUCAACACAUAAAAUUCAAUUUGCUUUUAAUUACAGUGCACUGAAGCCCCCUGGUAUGUCCUGGGGAAUGAGAUUAGAUCUGGGUAUUCCCUGGGUUAUCUCGGAGAUGUAUAGACCUACAGAUAAGCACCCGUUUUAUCCAGUUUUUGCAGGAGGCUGCUGAUAAAAAUGUGCUAUACAUUUAGCAGAGUUGAUAUUUUUAUUACACACAGAUUUCUGAGCCGAUAGUCUAGCUGUAGGCCCAGUGAUACAACCCUGGAUUUUUUUCAGUAGUAUACAUACAUGUCAUUUUUUUAUUUGUCUAUUUCGAACAUAAAAGUGUUUACAUGUUUCAGAAUAAAACUUGUUCAACUCUCUCAAACAGUGUUAAUCUCAAUUGUAUGGAAACAUUCAUACAUAUUACAUGAGGAGUUAAAUGCCAUGACAGUUUUAAGUGCUAUAUUAUAUUUUAGAUGUCACUCUAUGUGUUUCCGCUGUUUUUAUGAACGAAUGUGUUAUUGAGUUGAGAGGUGUAAAGCUUGUGAACAGGCACUUAAAUGUAUCUAGUAAAUAUAUGGUUGUCAUUAAAAAUUGAGAAAUUGAAUUGAAAAAGUUGUCGCACCCCACUCUUAUUAUGUAAUAAUUUUCUGUAAUGUCAAAAUUGACAACUUGAAUUGAUUACCAUAUAUAAGUUGAGUGUGUGUGUUGUGAUUGAGUUGAAGGCGCGUGCUGUGGAAGUGUUGGUUUGGCAGUAUAUAGGGGCCAACGUCACCAGUGAUCUCUUCAACACACACCGCUUUACUAUAGUGCUACUUUCACUGUCUCCAUAGACUUGCACAAGUCCUGGUACAAUUUAAUAAAUUUUAAUUUUCAAGUCCGUUAUUUCAUUUUAAUUUAUGUGAACAUUAAAAUUUGUUGAACAACAUCCAGCAUUGAUUCAAGUGUUGUCUUGUUCUGUCUUGAAUAUUUGAGAAUGUGGGUUGCUUGUAGGGAAACAUUUGUCCUACAUAAAAUAGGGACCUGUGCAAGUCUACUGUCUCUGUGUGUUUUCAGUGAGUUUUGUUUUGAUUAUAACAUGUUAUCAUUUGCUUGGUGCUGUUCAUUUAUUAUAAAUUACGACUUUUGCAUGUUUUUUGAUAACUCAUCAUUUAUGUGUCAUUAUACAUGUGUAUAAAUCAUGUAUUAGUGGAAGAAUGUUUGGAGAGUAAAUAAAAGUAUGAAAACA